GGUUUCUCCCUCGGGACGUUCCAUCAGCCAAUCAGCGCUCAGCUCCACAGGUGCGCACUGGAGAUCAUCGUAAACUCUAUUCAUUAGUGCAGCUACGCUACGUUCUAGCUGACGCGUCCAGCCGCGCACUACUCUCCUAAGAAAAUGACUUUGAAGGCUGAAUUUGAGCAAUAUGCAGAGAACGUAAAGAAAGUGAAGAGCAGACCUACAGACCAAGAGCUGCUGGAUUUGUAUGGCCUCUACAAGCAAGCCAUCGUUGGGGAUAUUAAUACUGACAAACCUGGAAUAACGGAUUUGAAAGGGAAAGCCAAAUGGGAGGCAUGGAAUUCAAGGAAAGGGAUGUCAAAUGAAGACGCCAUGAAUACCUACAUUUCCCUGGCCAAGGAAGCCAUUGAAAAGUAUGGAAUGUGAUUGGGGAAAACAUUGACUUAGUUUUAAGGAGAUAUUAAAGUUUCACUAUGAAAAAGAUGUCAGAUUAAAACAUGUAUCUAGUUUUUUUUUAUUUAUUUUUUUUAUAACCUUUUUUUCCUUAUGUGAUAUAGACUAACAGAUUUAAAGAUAAGUCACUUGAUUUCAUAGAGAUACCACUCAACUCAAGUCAGGUGAGACCUAAAAAUGUAAGAAUAUAAUCUUGUAAUUAAAUAAAGCUGUCAAAUAUGGUAAA